GAAUGGGUUCGCAAUCGCUGCAAAUAUUGAGACAAGGUGUUUGGGCGAGUUUGACUGGAGGAUGGUUCUACGAUCCACAUUUAGAUGUUUUUUGCAACACAUUUCAUCUUUAUACGUGGCUCUUUCUACUCUGUUUGCCAUUCACUAUUUAUCUGUUUUUUCCACCAACUUUCUACGUAUGGCUCGCUUACUGUGUCUCCAUCGUCACUCUCUUUGGCACGAUAAAAUGUGUGAAUCAUGCUCUACAUUGUGUUUACGAUACCAGCGAGUGUCUCGAGGAGCCAGGACCAGCUGUAAGCCUCAAAAAGUCAGAGAGCGAGAAGCAAAGGGCGGCACGUAGUAAAUGCCUUGACAGGUGCCUCGAUCAGGCUGACCUUGGGAUUGAACUUCAAAUUUUAAAUGGAAAAACCAGCACGCCACCAGUGGAAUGUUCCUCAAGAAAUUCAUACAUCGAACAGAAUGCAGUGAGUGCUGAUGCUGAUAGUAUAACAUCAGAGUACAAUCGCGAAAAGCCAAAUUCAACGAUCGAUUUGAAAGUUGAAAUACAUCGUAAAAAUAGUUCAGAGAGUUCUGAAGAGUCCCAGCAAUUGAAGACAACUGUGAUGAGUGUAUAUGAUGAGGUUGAGUGGCGAAAAAGACGUUUGCAGAGUGGAGGUGUGUGUAGACAUGCGUCUGCAGAUUCCCACUGUAGACACUCGAAGCAGGGUACCUCCAAGACAGGCUUCGAGGGAAGUAGAAUUAAGCAGACAAGUUCGUUGGAGCUGGAGCAACAGCAUGGGGAAGAUUAUCCAUAUUGGAAGUCCAAUCAGAGUGUUAGGAGGCUUGGAUCCAAUUCUGUGCCAAUGGAGACACAUCUUAUCACUGAUUAUCCACAGAGUCUUGAACAAAUUAUAUCGAAGACGAAUAAAGAGAUGGAUAAGAUUAAAAUGCCAACGCAUCCACAAUCUUUAGAGGUAAUUGCUAAAAAAUUACACCAACAGCUGGUGCACCCCCAGAGUUUGGAAACAAUUGAUGCGACUAGUAAAAAUGCUAGUCCAUCAGAUGACAAUAAUUUGCCACUGCAUCCUCAGAGUUUAGAAACAAUCAAUACGAAAAAAGUAUUAAGACAGAAUACCCUAAAGCGUAAUCAGCUUCAGUUACUCCCAUAUCCGAGUUAUGGUUCGGAAAUAGUCCAUCCAAUAGCUGAACAGAGCGACGAGCAAUUUGUAAAUGAGAGUGCAGGUGGUUAUAGUUUGCGUGACUCCUACAGUCCACUGUUAGCAAGAAAAACGAAAGGAGAGUCCAGUGUACCUCCCAAUCGUGAUCGUAGUUUAAGUGCUGGUGGGUUUGAGGACAGAUUUUCGAGGUUCAAUGGAGAAGUGGCUAUCGACGAUGACUCUGCCAAUUCCCGUGAGGCACUUCUCGAGGAGGCCAAGCCAGGAUACAAGAGAAGAUUUAGCAAUGCUAGCCAAAGUAGCCAUGAAUUGUCGGACAGUGAGAGGCGAAAAGAUGUUGCAGAUGGUCGAGAAAAGAAAUUGGAUGAUCCCCUAAACGCGGGGAGUAUCGUUGGUAUUGAUUGGCUGUUUGAAAAUGGAGACUGUGUCGUGGAGCCUUGGGCAAGCAAAAUUCAUUGGACAUUCACGCACUCUGAAGAUACCUCCACUUCAGGAAGUCUACAAACAGCUAGUACCGACUAUUACCAACAAAAAGACCCAGACUCAGGUUCUUCGAGUACAACCACCCUGAGCAUCGACAACGAGGUCAAGAAGACCCUGCUCCCCCAGGCUCCCCCUCUCGAAUCAAAGCGUCAUCAGGGGGCAAUACCGAAGCAAAAGCGUCCGAGAUCUCCCAAAGUCACCCGACUCCUCUCCGCCGUGCCAUCACCAACGUCCCCUCACGCGGAGCCACGACGCCCCUUGAUGCGACAGGAUUGCAUCCGUCGCGAGCGUCCCGAGCCGAAAUUGGAGCCCCCCAAUGGCUCGAACCAUGAGCUCUCAAUGCUCCUCUCAAAAUCCGGCCCUAGGAAUCAGCGACUGAAGGAAGCGAUCCUAAAACUCAACACGGAAUAUCAGACACAGGCCCCUCAGCCCACGCAGGAUAUCCCCGGCCCCAGUAGACUUCCCGUUCUCAUUCCGCGUAGAAAUCGCCCUCGAAUAUUGAAGAGUAAUCACAGAGCGCACCGAGCAGGUCCUCGUUAUGGAUCUCGCGAGGAUUUCGCACCAAUAGCCGCCCUGCUCGGUUUGAUUUCAAACGGAGAAUGUCACCUCGCGACAAAUCACAACGACACGACUGAAGGUGCAGUUCAUUGCUAUCGUGAUGAUAACGGUCGAUGGCUGGCCUACACCUUCGACGAGAAGGGCUCCGGAGUAGCGACAUCAGUCCCUAUUCCUCCCGGUCCUAGUGACAAGCUUCUCAACACGUUGCUAAUGAGACACCAACUUGGAGUUGAUCAUUAUCCACAACUGGAUGGGAACCUAGAGCUAGCUGACUCUUUGAGCAACAGCUACAGCAGCCUGUCUCUAAACUCAGCAGGAUUAACUGUGAUCAUUGAUACUCCACCUGUAUUAUCGAGCCCCACAAACAACCAGUCAAAAAGGGGACUUCCUCAAACACCGAUGGAAUCUGAUGUCCUAAGCGCCACUCACUUUGAACUUAGUAAGUUGACAGAGCGGGAGAUUUACCGGCUGAUGUCAGAUCGUGAAAAACGGUUUGAGACAUUUUUUGAGACGUUGAGGUCUCAUGUAGUAGAGAAUCCCAACCCAAGGCCUACCUUCCCUUCUCCGAAUCGUUUAGAAACGGACAUCAAUACUGGUCUGUCUUGGAAUCGUUUCAUCGAUGGAUUGGAUGGCCCAGCGGAGAAAGCGAAACCCACGAGACAUUAUUAUAAAUGGAAGAUUGGUAGAUUACCGCAUAUCAAAGUGAGAUUCGACAGGCUAUCCUUACUUGCGUUGUUAGAUAGAAAUCUAUCAGUUAUUGAGACAAUAAUUUCGACUUUACUGGCUGUAUUUGUUGCUGGAUUGGGGCUAAGGUUGCUGCAGCAGGGCUUCUACAAAGAUAUCUUCGCUUUCAUCUUUUGUUUUGUAACGGCAGGUUGUCAAUACUCGUUACUCAAGUCAGUGCAACCCGACGCGGCUUCUCCAACACAUGGUUUCAAUAGGAUCAUCGUCUUCUCAAGACCUGUAUAUUACAUCAUCGUUUCGAGUACAAUUCUCGUCCUUAAUGAAGUGCUAAAAAACUUCAAGACAUCUGAUUUUCGAGUCUACGGGGUAAGAGUAGCCGACUAUGAUGUGAUAAUGCAGAUGAGGAACGUGUUGAUGAUUUUUCUGCUGACGUUUCCCAUUAUUUUCUCGUUGGGCCUGUUUCCCCAGAUCAAUACCUUCCUGAUGUAUAUAUGCGAGCAUCUUGAUAUACAUUUGUUCGGUGGCACAGCGACAACCGGGCUCGUAUCUUCGGUAUACUGCUUAGCUCGGAGUGUUAUUACAGUUGCAACACUCUAUGGUUUUGCCUACGGUGCCCUGACCGAGCCCAAGUCCUCCCAGCACAUUCUGUUCUCCAUCUUCGCCGGACUACUAGUCGCUAUUUCCUAUCAUCUCAGCAGAUCCUCCUCAGAUCCUAGUGUAAUCUGGGACAUUGUCAAGACGAAUCUGUGGCCUCCCGAGAUGUACCUCGAAGAAAUGGAAGCGAAGAUUAUAGAGAACACCUCCAGAAGAGAGCCACCAGCUGCUAUUUACAAAGAAACCAAAAUCAGAACUUCCGGGCGAAAGAAGGAUGUUAAAAUCAAAGUGGGAGAGCAAAUCUCGGAUUCUGAAUUAGUUGAUCCCCUUCCGAAAAAGCUGAGAACAACGGUCAAAGCCAGAUUGAAGAACGAUCUCAUAGUCUGUACUGUUAUUGGAGUAUUAUCCUUCGCGAUUCAUUCCUCAACAGUUUUCACUGCCCUUCAACCAGAGUUAAACCCUAUCCUCUGGGGAAUCACCAGUUGCCUGGGUUUCCUCCUUCAUUAUAUAAUUCCAGAACUCAGGAAACAGCUUCCUUGGCUGUGUCUCGCUAGACCAGUCCUGAGAUCUCACGAGCAUGCUCAAUUUGAAGUCAAACAACCUGUCAAGAUCAUGUGGUUUGAGAAAAUCUACGUGUGUCUCUGUUUUCUCGAGCGAAACAUCCUCUACCCCCUCGUCUUCCUAGGAGCUCUGACAGAAAGUUCUCCACAAAUAGUCAAGAAAUUCGGCUCGAGUGUAGGGCCCCUGAUCAUUGUUGUCUGUGGCCUCAAAAGCUUGAGAUCGUCCUACGCAGAUCCCGCCUCGAGGUACCUCGUCAUCGUCUUCGCAGUCCUUUUCUUCCGACGAGAUUAUGCAGGACUAUCAGAAACGUUCCUGGUUGACUACUUCAUCACUAGCAUAGCCUUCGCAAAAAUCUACGAAUUGUUGCUGAAGCUGAGAUUCGUCCUGACUUACAUUGCGCCCUGGCAGGUCACCUGGGGCUCAGCCUUUCACGCUUUCGCCCAGCCUUUCUCAGUCCCUCAUUCCGCCAUGCUGUUCGUUCAAGCCACAAUAUCAGCAAUCCUCAGUACACCUCUAAAUCCCUUGCUAGGAAGCGCAAUAUUUAUCUGCAGCUAUGUCAGACCGUUGAAAUUUUGGGAACGAGAUUACAAGACCAGAAGGGUUGAUCACUCGAACACCAGAAUGUCCUCGCAUUUGGAGAGAAAUCUUGGGGCUGACGACAACAAUUUGAAUUCCAUAUUCUACGAGCAGUUGACGAGAUCUCUCCAGCACAGUCUUUAUGGGGAUCUGGCCCUCGGGAGAUGGGGCAAUGUCGAGCAAGGGGACUGCUUCCUGCUGGCAUCAGACUACCUGAACUGCCUCGUCCACGUCGUCCAACUGGGGAACGGUCUCGUCACCUUCCAAUUGCGAGGGCUGGAGUUCAAAGGAACUUAUUGCCAACAGCGAGAGGUCGAAGCGAUCUCCGAGAGCAUCGAGGAGAAUGACAACUGCUGCUGCUGUGAGAUGGGUCAUUUCUCGAAUGUUCUCAGUAUGAAUGCAGCAUUCGGUCAACGCUGGCUAGCUUGGGAGGUAGCUAGUGCCAAAUACGUUCUGGAAGGCUACUCCAUCUCCGAUAAUUCCGCGGGGUCGAUGCUCCAAGUAUUCGACUUCCGAAAGGUCUUGGUUACUUAUUACGUGAAGAGUAUUGUAUUUUAUGCGAUUAAAUCAACAAAGCUUAAACAGUGGCUGGAGAACUCGGACAUAAUUGAAGCAUUGAGGCCAACUCUUGAGAAAAACUUUGUGGAUUUAGAUCCUGUCUUCAAUAUGAAUAUCGAUGAGGACUUUGACUUCAGGGCCAGUGGUAUCACCAGGAGUAGCUUUUGCAAUGUGUAUCUCGAUUGGAUUCAGUUCUGCGCUGUGAAGAGUGACAAAUCAUUGGAGAGAACUCGGGACUCCUGUCUGGUGUCUCUGUGUCUUGCGCUAAGUCUUCUGGGGCGAAGAGUUCUAGGAGCUGCCUCUCAUAAUACUGUCUCCAGUGUGGAAUUUUUUCUUUAUGGGCUUCAUGCGCUGUUUAAGGGAGAUUUUAGAAUCACUUCGAUCAGGGAUGAGUGGGUGCUGCAUGAUGUUGAUCUAUUGAGGAGCGUCGUGGCGAAAGGAGUGCGGAUGGCGCUGAAGCUUCAUCAGGAUCACUUCAUGAGUCCUGAGCAGUAUGACGAGCCUGCAGCCCUGUUCGAGGCGAUCGACAAUCAUGACAAAAAUCUUGUCAUCAGUCAUGAGGCAGAUCCACUGUGGAGGAAUGCUGUGCUGAGUGGAGCGCCCAGUUUACUGGCAUUGAGGCACAUUCUCGAUGAUGGCAUCGACGAGUACAAGGUCAUCAUGCUGAACAAGAGAUUGUUGAGCUUCAGACUUAUUAAGAUGAACAGGGAGUGUGUGAGGGGCCUCUGGGCGGGACAGCAACAGGAGUUGAUUUAUCUCAGAAACCGGAAUUCUGAGCGGGGAUCCAUUCAGAAUGCCAAGCAGGCCCUCAGGAACAUCAUCAAUAGCUCGUGCGAUCAACCAAUUGGCUAUCCCAUUUAUGUGUCACCGUUGACCACGAGUUAUGCUGAGACUAAUGAACAGUUGUGCUCUAUUGUCGGAGGACCGUUGAGCUUAACCGUCAUUAAGAGCAAUGUUCUUAAACUCUGGAGGAAAGUCAGGAGAAGGUGUGCACAGGGAUGCUCCAGUGGGGGCACUGCCGUGCAGGAUGAUGGAGGUUUCGGAAAUGAUGGGGCCUAUGUCACCGCUCAUAAUAUUAAUUUUGUGGGAUUCAAUCAAUCAGGUCACAACACUUCGGGCUCCCAGUCAAUGGAGUCUGGCUGUCAAAUAGGAGGUUCAACGGGUCGUGGGUCCCUGGGACGAGCAAACACCGGCUCCCUCAGUGGCAAUCGAGGCUCUCUAGCUUCAGUGGGGAAACCGACAAGUUCGACCCUAGCAUCCCUCGCUGGGCUCCUCAGUAACAACGACAUAAAGACCGAAUCAAAGUGUGAAACCAGUUUCUCGAAGCCAGAGAAAGACGAAAUAUCUCAACGAGUUAGGAUAAUGGAUCCCAAUCAGGUAUACGAUGCUAUAAAUCUUGGUCGAAGGAUCGAUGUCAUAUGGCCUGAUGAGAGAAUGAGACAACAGGGGGGAAGAACGGGCUGGCAGCACUGGGUACCAGAGAGGGGAAUGGAGGGCUGUGUUGUCCACCGGUGGCUGCCCAAUCAUCGUGAUCCUAAUCGACGUUCUCACGUCGAUAAAGUCAUACUUCUUGUCAAGAUUGAUGAUAAAUACGUACCCAUUGCUGAACAGGGCGUCAGGGACUUGGGUGCAGAAGUUUAGGGUAAUAGGGAAUUUUUUUUUUAUUCAACAAAAGGCGUGUGAUGGAUGAAUGAAGGGUUACUGCUUAACUAUUGAUUAUUCGUGAUUAAUUAGCAGCUUCAUUCCUCCCUUAAGAGUGAUUAAUUCAUUGAUAAAGUAAUUCUGUUGAGGUUUUUCUUUGCGGAGAAUAUUCUGGAGAGGAUGUUGAUGGUGCGCAGGAAGUAAGUUCUUGAAAAAACGUAGCGAAUUUGUGAAGACAAUGCCAUUGGAUUUCAAGCACUGGCUACAGAUGCGGGUUUUUAAGUUCAAUAAAACAAAUGGUAGUGAAAAAUUCAAUAGGAUAGUGCUUUUUCUAGAGAAUAUAUUCCACUGAAUAUUUCAAUGUAAUUGACCAAAAACUCAUAGAAAUAGUUGAAGAGGAAUUCAAUAGAAUUGCCUCAAAAAAUUCGUUAGGUUUUUAGGUAAAAAUUUCUUGCACGCGUUUUUAUUAAUUGGAGGGGAGGGAUUGCUCUGACUUUGUCAAGCUACAAUUUUUAUUAUGAAUUAAAUACUAAUGACGACUACAGCACUUAUGAAAAAUUAGAAUUAAACUUAGAAAGUUUUUUGGAAUAUCUCCCUCUGCAAAGAAAAACGAUAUAUACCAAACCAAUUGUACUAUAUUAUGUAUUAUACCGUAUAUUAUUCAAGGAUUAUCCCACUGUCAAUGAAAAACAUGGAGUCCUACGCUCUGUACAUAAAAGUAAAUACUCUUGUCGUUGUUGUCUAUAUGAGAAUUAUUUAACUAAUGUUGAGCCGAACAGCGACAAAGUAUUAACCAAAAUAAUAGAAAUAUGCGGCUGUCAAUAAUUGUAAAUAUCGUCAUUCGUGUUUUUCUACAAUUUUGUUACAAUUUUUUUAAAAAAAAGACUAUGAAAAAAUAUAUAUUAGUCACUAAGCUGUAGAUAGCCAAAUGAAAAAUAAUUGUUUAAGAGGUUAAAUAAUUUGGGGGGUGAAAGACAACAAAAAGUAUCUGAUAUAUUAUGUAAAUUUAGUAAAUAUUUGAGGUGACUGGAGAUGAAUAAAAAUUAUUUAGCGAGAAACAUAUCUAUCAGCCAAAAACACUUAAAUUGGCCCUGGAUUCGAGUUUAUUCGAAUAUUCUCAUGAUCAGCAGUUUUUUUUUUAUUUUUUGCUUGAUCCAUGAAAUCAGGGGUGCAAUUGUAAAAUUAAUUUUGCGCAUAUUUGGAAUCUAUUCAAUAUUGUGGUUGGUUUGGUUGCAGAAAAAAAAUCUUGAAAUAGUUUUUAUUUCUAUUUAUUUGAAAAAAAAAUCUUGUGACAUUUUUUGAUGGAUUUCGUUUUUUUUCGGGGUAUUUGCAACAUGACCUACAGAUUAUUUAUCCAAUAGUCUAUUAGUUAUUGGAAAAAGUCUUUGAACUUCCCAAUAUAUACGCAAAAUUAACGAUAAACAACAAACACGGUCAUCCGAAGAGAAGGUCCGACACGGGGAAAAAGCGUUCACCUUUCGAGAGUCAAAAAUUUUUAAUUGUAUUUUCGGUGCAAUUUCCAGCAGGAAUGUGAUUUUCCGUUUAAAAUUUGUCCCCGACUGCAAAAAAUUAAGGGUUGACAUUUUUUUGCCAUGGACACAACCACCUUGAAAAUAUCUCCAAUGUAUUUUUUUUACUGUUUUCCUCACAUGAUCCCGAAUUUUAUAUUACAUUAAAGAUCUUUUUUAAGUUGAGUUUUCGUUUAUAAACACUGAAUUCCUACUUUUGACUGACAAAAUUAUUUGAAUUGUGAAAUUCAUUGGUUUGUUUCAAUUCUCGGCAUCAGCUCAAUCUGAAUAUUUUUUUAUUAUUGGAAAAUGGUUACUUAUUACUUUCUAGCAGCGGUUCUGACAUUUUUCUGGUGUAAAAACUUUAUAAAAUGAACUAAAUAAUCAUGAAACUCCGACUAGGUAAUUUUAAUAAUUUUUUAUAGAUUUUUUACACCGAAAAUCUUUUAAUAUUUCUUUUACUUUUCAUUGUGUAAAUAACCAGCGAAUCACAGCAUUGCCUUAUCGUGGUGUAAACGAUUGACACCAGACUGAUGACGAUGAAAAAUAAAUAAAUACAGAAGAAAUGAAUACUUAGCUAGUCUUUCAAUUGCUGGGGACAACUAGUUUAAUGAAUUAUCGAUUACAGUCUAGAGAGAUGAAUUUUAAUAGAAACAAACUAUGACAACAAAAUUCGAACAAUGCAACUGUUACCGGCCUAUUAUCUCUAUUAUCAAUAAUUAAAUUCUCCCAGUUGGCCCACGACUUGUGCCGAUUUAUGCGAAAGGGGAGAAUGCACUAGGCAAAUUGAAUAAUUAAAUUGAAAAUGAAUAAAAAGCUCAAGAAGCAGAUUUAUAUAAAUAAUAAGCCACGCUAUUUUUAAUUUCCUUAACGAUUUUCCAUCACCGAAGAGAAGAAUAAUUUUUGAAUUUUCAUAUAAAAUCAACUCUCGAUAUCAACGAGACCAGCAAGAGAAAUAUGAAAUAGUGUAAUCCGAUCGUAUUGAAGAUGCAACUCAUAAAUAAAAAUUGAUUGAUGCAGUUAUAACAUUCUAAGAUCGAUUUAACUUAAACGAAUGCAAUUUCCUAUGGCAUAAGAUCGAUUUAAGUUGUUAAGAUAUGAAUAAGUAACGAAGUGGCGUUUUCUUAAAAGAUAUUUAAUUUUCCAUAGAACUAUUUUUUUUUUAUUUCCCUACGCGUAAUUCUCAGUUUGUUGGAUUCUUCUCCUAGCAUUCACUACUUCGCUACAGAAUUCUGAAAGAGGAUUAAUAAAUUGAGAGAUAAACCCGAGAGCUCUUGAUUUAUUUGUUUAUUAUCUCGUGUAUAUAUGUAAUAGACGAGGCAUAGAAAAGAGAACAUUUUGUAAUUAUACCGUAGUACGUAAAUAUUACACUGGCAAUGAAUGAAAAAAGUCUAUGAUACAAUUUUAUCUCCGAAAAUAAAGAGAACAAGAGUUACUAUUGCAUUAAAUUAAACGUUACAUUUUUCAAGAAAAAAAAAACACAAUAA